AUACUUAUAGUUAGUGCGCACGCGCAGUCUAUACUCUAACGUUGGCCAAACCCCACGCGCGUGCGCAGUCUAGCCAGACGAAGCUUCUCUCCCUCCUGCUGUCAGUCCGGGCUGCCCUUUUUGCUACGUAUUUCCGGUGUGCGGUGUCUGUUCUUUUACUAGCUAGUGUCCAAGGCCCCGGGCCGGGAGAAGAGGAGGAGUCGCCGCCGCUGUUGCCGCCACCGGGUACGAAAGGGGAGAAGCGGAGAGACGGGAGGAGGACACCGAUUCAGAAAUGUCUUUCAUAUUUGAGUGGAUAUAUAAUGGCUUCAGCAGUGUCCUGCAGUUUUUAGGAUUAUACAAGAAGUCUGGGAAACUAGUAUUUUUAGGCUUGGACAAUGCUGGUAAAACCACGCUGCUACACAUGCUGAAGGAUGACCGGCUUGGCCAGCAUGUCCCCACACUACAUCCAACAUCAGAAGAAUUGACGAUUGCUGGAAUGACCUUCACAACUUUUGACCUUGGUGGGCACGAACAAGCUCGGCGUGUUUGGAAGAACUACUUACCAGCUAUCAAUGGAAUUGUGUUUCUUGUGGACUGUUUAGACCAUGCCCGCCUUAUGGAGUCCAAAGUGGAGCUCAAUGCUCUCAUGACAGAUGAAACGAUAUCAAAUGUGCCAAUCCUUAUUCUCGGUAAUAAAAUUGACAGACCUGAGGCUAUCAGUGAAGAGAAACUGAGAGAAAUAUUUGGACUUUAUGGACAAACCACAGGAAAGGGUAACGUGCCACUGAAGGACCUAAAUGCUCGGCCCAUGGAAGUGUUUAUGUGCAGUGUGCUCAAGAGGCAAGGCUAUGGGGAGGGCUUCCGCUGGCUCUCGCAGUAUAUUGACUGAAACUUUUCCCCCCUCUCCAACUUUUCCCUUUGAAACAACAAAAACAAAAAAAUUAAAAAUAAAACCAGAUUAUACAGAGUUCAACUCCUCCGGACCUGAUCCAGCCGGACUUCUCUCUCAUUGUGGGGCAGACUCACGAAGGCAGUGAUUAACACGUGCAACAACCAGGAGUCUUGUGGGCAUCCCCCCAAUCACGAGUCAGAUCAUAAGAAAACCAUUCUAUUUUUAAGAAAUGUGUCAGCUGAAACAGUGUCCCUCCCCAUUUUAUUUGCAUUUAUUUUUCCUUUUGUUUUGUUUUACUUUUAGUUUAAAUGGUCCGGAGCUACAUGUUUUAUUUGUUUUCUGUUAUAAUUUUUUUUUUUUUUUAAAUCUAUUUAAUGGUAUUUACAUUUAUCACUAAAUACUGAUCCACGUAUCAUAACAUUAGAAGUCCACAAUAAACAUAGUUUUUGGGCUGGC